AUGAGUGGACCAAAUCAUGAUGGUGAAAGAAGGGGAAGUAAAAGUAGAGCUUUAGAAAGAUCUUUAAGCUAUUCAGAAGCGAUUGGAAAUUGGUCUGAGAGAUUGUCUAUAGAAAUACCAAGAAUCGUCAACACAGAAGUAUAUACGAAUGAGGAAAUAAAAAAACAUAACAGAAUUUCACAAACGUACGUUGAAGGAAGAGAAAUAGCUUUUCCCUAUAUAGUUACAAAUGAAAAUUUUAAUGCUGGCUCUAACAACAUUAUUCAAGCUGGAUACAGUCAGUAUUCCAGUGAAGAUGAAUACACAGACAAUGGACUUGUUAUGACGAUAGAUGUUGAAACUGAAAGUCCGAAGACUUCUGAGAAAAGGAAUAUUUCAGAUGCUUCCACUCAACCUCUAGUGGGGUCUGUUGUGUCUACAGAUUUGUAUGACACUAUAGAGAAUGCUGAUAGUAUUUAUAAUGAAAAUGAUACAAGCCUUUCAUCGCCCAUUAGAUACUCUACACCAUAUGCUAGGAGGCGGAAGAAAACUAGGCCAUCUAGGCGUCAACAUGGACGUCCCAUUCGUUCUCGAAGAGUAGUCAAUAAGUGUGGAGCAGAGAACGUGCCAGUGCGAAGCAAUAUACCUGCUAAAUCCAUAAAGUAUAUGCGGGAUAUUGUAAAUACCGUGGUAGGUAUAUGUAAAGACCUAGAAGCUUACAUUCCCAACGAGAUAAACAGCAAAUGGCGUUACUUAAUCUUGACGAUGGUUUGCGCUCAUUUUAUCUUUUGGUUCAUAUUCGCUGGUAUUUGGUACGCGGUGGCGUCUUCUUAUCAAGAUGACAUCGGCGAUGGGAAAGAACACUGUAUUACUGGAACAUCCUCUUUUGCUGGGCUACUUAUGAUGUCCGUUGAAACUCAGAUGACCAUUGGCUACGGUGUCAGAUAUCCAAAUGAAGAGUGUCCUGAAGCAAUUAUUAUUAUGGUAAUAGAGAUCGUGGCAGGUACAGCGCUCUCUGGGGGACUGACCAGUUUACUCUUCACGAAGUUGGUGAGACCUAACAGGCACGUAUCAUCCGUUGGUUUCAGUAAGAAAGCCACUGUAUGUCUCCGCGAUGGAGAGUUGUGCCUUCAGUUUCGAGUAUGGGAUCACUUAAACCUGCAUAUAAUCGGAAGUUCCAUCACUGCGUAUAUGCUAAAACCUAUACGGACUUUAGAAGGUGAGGUAGUACAAAACUACAUACACCAGCUUCAACUGAAGGAAGCUCGGGCUUUCCUUUUAUGGCCCAUCACUGUGGUCCACGUCAUAGAUGCUGCGAGCCCACUCUAUGACUUUUCGGCUCAAGACAUGAUGGAUUAUAGAUUUGAAAUCGUAGUCUGCUUGACAGGGUCGUCUAAAAACAUGGGGACAGUGACACAGAGCAGGACCUCAUAUCUGUCAAAAGAAAUCAUUUGGGGAUACAGAUUCAAAAACGUUUUGAAAUACUCCAAAAAAGAAGAAGCUUAUACCGUGGAUAUAGACAACUUAAACACAGUAGAGCAAGUCGAAACACCUCUUUGCAGUGCGAGUCGUUUAAAGGAAUUUGAAGAGGACGUUAAGUCAGAAAAUCUUCUAUCUACUCCAACAAACUUAUCCAUGAGUCCCACGAAUAUAUCUUUGUCUCAGGAAGACUCAUCGACUCUAUCUCCUAUGGGAGAUUCUCUUCCUUCAUCACCAACUUUUAAUAGAACUUUUACCCGAAAGAGUUUUGGAUGGUACUUCAAGAAAUUUCAGCCAGAAAAUUACAUACAUGAUCAGGGAGUACACGUCAUAUCAUCUUCGGCUAAAGCUGUU